UCGCCGUCGGCCCAAUACACCCCACUCGAAGAACCCUAAAACAUCCGCCGGUACGAGACCGCGCCACCUCUGCUAGCUCCAAGGCGAAACCAAACCACGCCGGCGCCGAGCCUCGCGAGAUGGUGAGCCAAAGGCAGAGGCUCGCUCGCAAGCGAUUCAAAGAAGCACACCCCGAGCUGUUCCCCGAACCGGAGCCAGCCCCACCCAAGGACCCGACCAAGAAGAAGAAGAAGAAGAAGCUGGACAAAUUCAAGCGCAAGAAGUCGGAUUCCGAUGGCCCCAGAAGACCCACCAAGAAAACCCUCAAAAGACACCCGCUUAGAGUUCCCGGAUUGAUGCCUGGCGAGGGCUGUUUCAUCUGCAAAGGUCAGGACCAUAUUGCCAAGCUCUGCCCUGAGAAAGCUCAGUGGGAGAAGAAUAAGAUAUGUUUGCUUUGCCGUCGGCGCGGCCAUAGUCUCAAAAGCUGUCCGGAGAAGAAUGACGAGUCUGUUGACAGGAAGUUGUGUUAUAAUUGCGGGGAUACGGGGCAUUCUCUUGCAAACUGUCCUCAACCCCUUAAAGACGGAGGAACUAAGUUCGCCAGCUGCUUUAUUUGUAAAGAGCAGGGUCACUUGAGCAAAAACUGCCCUCAAAAUGCUCAUGGAAUUUAUCCAAAGGGUGGUUGCUGCAAAAUCUGUGGUGGUGUGACACAUUUGGCCAAGGAUUGCCCUGAAAAAGGCAAAAGAGGUUCCGGAAUUGGCGGUAGACUAGCUGAAACAGAAGAGGCGCCGAGACCCCAAGUUACCAAAUUCUUUAGCGGGGACGAUCUUGAUGAUGACUUUAUGGUGGACGAAACACCCGCUAAGAAAGACAAGUCUAGUGCAUGUGUAGCUGAUACUUCUGGCUCAAAAGAAGGUCAUGUAAAAGCCAAGAGAAAACAGAGUACAAAAGUCGUUAAUUUUGUUGGAGACUCCGUCAUGCGGCUUAUAAUGCGUGAGGUGCAUGCGCUCUCCUUUUCUCUAUUCGACGAUAAAACAUUUGAUGACAUAUGCGACCUCGGCUUCCCUCUAAAGCCAACCCCACGAACUCGACUCCCGUAUUGGCUCGAUGUCAUUUGCUGUCUAUCAUUCGAGAUCAUUGAUUGCGAGGAUCGCAAGGAUGCAUUGCGGAACCGAUCACCUUCAUCUGUCUCGGCCUCUCUCGCCCUCUUCUCCUCCUCAUUCUCUUCCUCUCAUCAUAUUUUGCUCCUUCCUCCAUUUCUCUCUUCUCGCUGGGAGCUUCUUCUGUCUCUCUCGUUGAAGGCAAAAAUGGCGAAUGCGGCUUCUGGAAUGGCUGUCAAUGACGAGUGCAAGCUGAAAUUCAUGGAGCUAAAAGCGAAGCGGAUUUACCGGUUCAUCAUCUUCAAGAUUGAGAACCAGCAGGUGGUGGUAGAGAAGGUUGGGAGUCCGGAGGAAACUUACGAGGAUUUCACGGCCUCUUUUCCUGCUGAUGAGUGCCGCUAUUCGGUAUUCGACUUCGACUUCAUCACCGACGAGAAUUGCCAGAAAAGCAAGAUCUUCUUCAUUGCAUGGGCACCCGAUACCGCAAAGAUAAGGAGUAAGAUGGUGUACGCCAGCUCCAAGGACAGGUUCAAGAGGGAAUUGGAUGGCAUUCAAGUGGAGUUGCAAGCCACGGACCCGAGCGAAAUGAGCUUCGACAUCAUCAAAGGCCGAGCACUCUAGAUGCUCAAUUCAAUACAAUCUCAAUGUCACUUUUGAUUCUACUGGAUUUUUUGUUCACGGUAUUUGUGUGUGAGAGGCUGAGAGCGGUUGCUUCUUCCGUCUAAAAAAGUAUUUUUCCUUUCCAUUCCUCAAUCGGUGAUGUUGUAUGAGUGUCACAACAGUCUUCCCUAGCUCAAACUCAAUGUAUCUGCUGCAACAUGUAAUAUACAAUCUUUUUAGUCUGCA